UCUGUGAACAGCACAGGUAUGACAACCGAUCUGAGGUGAUGCUGCAGCAGCAGUGCAGACAGUCUGUAAAGAUGAGGCUGAAAACGACGUGAGGGAGGCUGUUUUCCACACUCUGUGCGUGUGGCGGACGAUUUUUCAGGAAGUCAAGAAACCGAAGGCACCAGACGACGUGCUUUUUGCCCGCAUUAACGUAUUUUUUCUCCUAGUAAAACGGGACUUGUAACAGCUUCCUGUCGAUGAUCGUGGAUGUGGAUCGACGCGUCUGCACUAACGAGUUCGCGAUGCUAGCCCGUUAGCUUGCUCUGUAAUGUUUGGUCCUCUAAGAUGUUAUUAAACGAUAUAAUUUCAGAUGUAACGAACGAAACUGUUGCUCCUUGGCUUCGAGUUGUUUUAUAACCAGAUUACAGUAAAGCGAGUCAACUUUAAAAGGUGUUUUUUUUGGCUUUCCGCUGACUUCGUAAGUGGCUACUAGCUAAAAUUAGUCCUGCUAAUUAACGUAAAUGGGGCUUUACAUGGACGGAGGCGCGUUGCACUGAACAUGUUAAUUAUUAACCAAACCGGUUCAGACUAAUAGGAAACAGUAAGGUGAUGUCAAGCUCUUUGCGUGCAUAUGUUGUUUUAAAAGCGGAAAACUUGUGCGCACUGGUAGCUACACAGUUAAAACAUCUCCAGGAAUGGUAUAAAUAAAAGUGCAAUUCGGUUGGGCAGUCUUUCAAACUUUGUAUAAUAGCAAGCGUAAACUAUAUGAGAAUCAGCAUUUGUCUGCUUCAGCAAACUGUCAUCGCCUUGUUCAGCUCUUCCUUGGGUAAAAUGUGCCUCAGUUGGCCCCUAAAGCGCUGUCACAUUCAGGCUUAGCUCAUAACUGUCAACCAUGCGCCUCUCGUCGUUUUUGGCCCUAUUCAGGCCUGCUCUGCCCCUCAUCCUGGGGCUGUCUCUGGGAUGUAGCCUCAGCCUUUUGAUGGUGUCCUGGACACAAGGGGACAUGGACGACCCCUGCAGAGACGAGCUGGCCAAAGGUGGGCUCUUCCUGGGCAGAGGAGAUGCUCAGAGAGGAGGGAGAGAUAGAGCUGGAGAGGAGGACCUUCAGCCACGAAUAGUGCCAUAUCACAAGGACCCAAACAAGCCACACAAGAAAGUCCUCAGAACUCGAUACAUCCACACUGAACUGGGCAUCAGAGAGCGGCUCUUGGCGGGCGUCCUCACCUCUCGGGCCACCCUCAACACGUUAGCCGUGGCGGUGAACCGCACAGUCGCCCAUCACUUCCACCGAACCUUCUUCUUCACGGGCCUACGCAGCCCCAAGGUCCCACACGGCAUGACCGUGAUUGCGCACGGUGACGACCGGCCGGUGUGGCUGAUGUACGAGACCGUGCGACACCUGCACCAACACUACGGCUCAGAGUACGACUGGUUCCUGUUAGCGCAGGAUGACACUUACAUGCAGGCGGAUCGCCUUUCAGAGCUGGUGGGCCACCUUAGUGCGGGUCAGGACCUGUACAUGGGCAGGGCUGAGGAGUUCAUCGGGGGGGAGGAGAAGGCACGCUACUGCCAUGGGGGUUACAGCUACCUCCUGUCCCGCAGCCUUCUGGCCCGUCUGCAGCCGCAUCUCGACACCUGCCGCAACGACAUCCUCAGCGUGAGACCGGAUGAGUGGCUGGGCCGCUGCAUCAUCGACUAUUUGGGUCUGAGCUGCGUGGAGGUGCACCAGGGAAUGACAUAUCGUUACUUUGAGCUGGGGAAAAACGCAGAUCCAGAGCGUGAAGACAGCCUUUCAUUUAAAAAUGCCUUCACAGUUCAUCCUGUUUCGGACCCCAACCUCAUGUACCGUCUACACAAACGCUUCAGCCAAAUAGAGCUUGAAUGGACUUAUCAGCAGAUUCAGGAUCUUCAGAUGCAGAUCAGCAACCUCAGCCACCUGACUCCUGAGGGUAAGGCUGGGGUCACGUGGCCAAUAGGAAUCAACUCCCCCUUUAAACCCAAGACCCGCUUUGAGGUCAUAAACUGGGAUUAUUUCACUGAGGAGCAUAUUUACUCCUGCACAGACGGCUCGCCCAAAUGCGAGAUGAGAGGAGCAGACCGAGCUGAUGUCAGCGCCAUACUGGAGGUCGCCGUGGAACGUCUUAACGAGCACUACCAGCCACAGCUCCGCUUCCGCAAACGCCGUCUGCUUAACGGGUACAGGCGCUUUGAUCCCACGCGCGGUAUGGAGUACAUACUGGACCUGGCGCUGGAGGCUUUCACCCAGAAAGGCCACAGUCAGGUCAUUGCCAAGAGGGUCAACCUGCUCCGACCUCUCAGUGCUGUCGAGAUUAUUCCAAUGCCUUAUGUGACAGAGGCAACACGGGUACAGGUCAUUCUGCCAGUCACUGCCCAGGAUCAGGACUAUGUGGGCAAUUUCCUCGACAUGUACGUAACAAACACCCUGGACACCCACGAUAAUGUUUUAUUGACCUUCCUCUUCAUCUACGAUCCUUUCGACGCCCAGAGAGUGAGCCAGGCUGACGUGUUUGCCGGGGUCAAGUCAAUGAUCGGGGAAGUUGAAAAACGUUAUGGAGACGUGAAGAUUCCCUGGAUCAGCGUGAAGACUGAGGUUCCAUCACAGGUCAAGCUGAUGGACAUUAUUUCUAAGAAGCAUCCUGUUGACACGCUUUUCUUUCUGUCAAGUGUUUGGACCGAGGUCAGCGCAGACUUCCUGAACCGCUGCAGAAUGAACGCCAUCAGCAACUGGCAGGUUUUCUUCCCUGUCCACUUCCAAGAGUACAACCCCGCUGUCAUCUACCGCGACCAGCAGCCGUCCGCCUCCUCCACGUUCGCCUCUGAGUCCCUUCGAGACGGCCACUUCGACCGGCACAUCUUCGACGAGGCCUGCUUUUACAACGCGGACUACAUGAGCGCCCGCACCAAGAUGGCCGCCGACAUUUUAGAGAACGAGGAGCUGAUGGAGAGCAUGGACGUGUACGACAUCUUUGUGCGUUACUCCGGCCUGCAUGUGUUCAGGGCCGUGGAACCGGCGCUGAUCCAGAAAUACGUUCGGCGAGCGUGCAACCCUCGGUUCAGCGAGGACAUCUACCAUCGCUGCGUACUCAGCAACCUGGAGAGUCUAGGGUCUCGAUCGCACCUAGCCAUGGCUCUAUUUGAGCAGGAACAGGCCAACAGCACAUAAAGCCAUGCUUUGGUUUAGGACAGAAAGAUAUAACGUAGAUUAUUGUGGAUUUGAUCCUUUUUUUGGAAGUCUCACGGUACAAAGAUGUCAGGAUCAACCAGUCUGUGAGACAUUACUUAUGUUUAACGGGGACUUUAGUGACUGUAAUCCAUGAACAAAGGCCUUCUUUGUUAGUUAUCAUUGGAACCAUCACUUGAGCCAUAAGUCUUCUUUUGUGAAGAUAUUCAAAUACUGGAAACAGGCUGAAGCCACUGGCUGCCUUUUUCUUUAGGAAAUGUUAUUUUUAUUUGUAAGCGGUAUUUAAGAGAAAUUUUCAUUCAGAAUUGUUUUUUAUUCAUAUUUCUCAGUGUGUAAAAAGUUUUGUUUCAGCCGCAUUACAUAAACGGCAACAGUUUACAGAAUCUGUCAUUUAGAGCAGGAAAAAUGACUACAUGUCUGCGUUUUUCCAGCUUAAUGUAUUUCUAUUGAGGCCGUUGACAUGAAAUUCACAACGGAUGUUGUUAACAACACAAGUAAUUCACACACAUGAAUAGAUCAAAACAAAUAAGUCAAUAAAUAAGGUUACUAUAAAGUCUGCCAGCGCAUGGUGUGUAAUAUUUGCUCUGUUCUGACCAGACUAUAUUCUCCAAGCAUUUUGCUGACUUGUCCAAAUGUUCUAUAACAAACAUCGAGCAAGACUCAACAUGGCUUUUCGUCCGCAGUGGAGACUUGCGCAGUGAUUGUGCAUUGAGACCAUUGUGGUUGAAUGCAUUACCUGGUGUUUUUAUAGGGUGAAAAAACUGUGCCUGCUAGUUUCUUUUCUUUUGAAGCGUUCCACAGGGGGUUUUUUUUAGUUCUUGGACAACUCUUUAUAAAAAUGAUCUUUAUUCCCCUUCUGGAUCAUGUCUGCAACGGAGCUCACGACCAUUCAGAAAACCUCUGUAACUGAUUUCAUCAGUAUGUUUCAGAAAAAGAAGGUUGCAGAGGUCUUGAGUGGUUUCUAUAGGUUGGUAAUAAGAAGGCUGUUUGUUUGCCAUCAUUAAGGAUUAAAGCAUGUGAUUUUAACAGAACGGCUUUCUGUGAUGACAGAUUAACUAUUUUUUCGUCUGUUUAAGCCUUUUUGCAUCUUCUUUUCUAGAUGUGAUAAACGUUUAUUCCCUGUCUUUCAAACUUGUUACAUUGGUUAAAUUCUAGACUUAAAUGUUUUGAUUUCUUUGUGUGGAUACAAACAUUUUGUGUGGAUUUCAUGCCUCAUUAGAAAUCGAUAAUCUGAGACAAAAUGUGUUCAAUACUUAUUUUGUAUUUCUGGACAUGUCUGUCAUCUGCUUGGCUGAGCUGAAGAGUGGUCUGUAUAGUGGAAAUGUUCAAUGAUCAGAUUCAGGAUA